CUAGAGAUCCAAGAUCGGCGCUGCUCUUUGCGCGUCUCGCUAAUCUUUUGUAUUUAAGCGGUGAAACUGCCGUCGAUUAUAUGCGUCGUUGCAGCGCCGAUGAGCUUUGGUGAAAGCAGACGGAUUGGAUUUAAACCCAUUUUGGCGAUGACAUGCGUUUGAAUGUUUAAAGAGUCCGGCCGCAGCAGCAGCGCGAUGGCAGACAGAAGACAACUGUUUGCUGAACUGCGUGCACUAGAUUUGGACUCCAUCCGAUUGUCCACAUACAGAACAGCAUGCAAGCUAAGGUUUAUACAGAAGAGGUGCAAUUUACAUCUCCUAGAUAUCUGGAAUGUUAUCGAGGUGUUUCGGGAAAACAGACUCAACACCAUGGACGUCAACACAGAGUUCUCAGUGUCGCAUCUGCAAGCAAUAUUGUCUACCAUCUUUUACCAGCUGAACAAGCGUCUGCCCUCAACCCAUCAGAUCAAUGUAGACCAGUCCAUCUCAUUCCUCCUCAACUUCCUGUUUGCAGCUUAUGACCCGGAAGGUGUUGGAAAAAUGUCAAUUUUUGUAGUGAAGAUGGCCCUGGCUACACUUUGUGGAGGGAAGAUUUUGGAUAAACUUCGAUAUGUUUUUUCGCAGAUAUCAGAUGCGAAUGGAGUGAUGAUAUACUCACAGUUUGACCAGUUCCUGAGGGAGGUGCUGAAACUGCCCAUGACUGUGUUUGAGGGACCAUCUUUUGGGUACACUGAACAGUCCACAAGAUCCUGUUUUCCACAAGAGAAAAAGGUCUCACUCAAUGUGUUUCUUGACACAUUCAUAUCAGAUCAUCCUCCACAGUGUCUGGUUUGGUUACUGCUGAUGCAUCGGCUGGCAAAUGUUGAGAAUGUCUUCCAUCCUGUGGAGUGCUCGUAUUGUCACAACCAAAGCAUGAUGGGAUUUCGUUACCGUUGCCAACAAUGUGAUAAUUAUCAACUCUGCCAAGAGUGUUUCUGGAGGGGCCAUGCCUCUGGCAGCCAUAGCAACCAGCACCAGAUGAAGGAGUACAUGUCAUGGAAAUCUCCAGCUAAGAAGUUGUCAGAUGCUCUCAGUAUGUCUCUGAGCUGCGCCUCCAGUCGAGAGCCUCCAUACCCAAUUUGCUCAGAUACACCUGAGAAACCUCUCAACCUCAGUCAUGUCGUGCCACCCAGACCCGUGGCCGGUGGAAAUGAGUGCAUUUUUUCUCACACCAUGCCUUCCUCAGGAAACCCUUAUUCCAGUAAAACUUGUGGUGCUCACGAUGAGACAAAACAGAUGAAGUUGUUUUCCCGGACGACCCCGGAUCUUUUAAAAGGGAAAGGGGUUCAGUACAGCAUCGAUAUUGCGGAUAGGCUCGCUGAUGAGCACAUACUUAUCGGAUUAUAUGUGAAUCUCCUCCAAAAGAACCACUCAUGUUUCCAGGAGAGCAGUAAAAACCAAGAUGAUGAGCACUGCCUCAUCGCUCGUUAUGCCUCCCGAUUGGCUGCUAACGGAGCUGCAGUGAAGACCAGAGCACCAUCGGACAUCUCUCUGUGUCUGGACUCCAAUAAACAACAGAGGCAACUAAUAGCCGAGCUAGAAAACAAAAACAAGGAGAUUUUGCAAGAGAUUCAGCGUUUGAGACAACAACAUGAAGAAGCCUCCGAUCCUCCAUUAGACAAAAGCCAACAGAAUCCAACGUUACUGGCUGAACUGAGGCUGCUCAGGCAGAGAAAAGAGGAGUUAGAGCAGAGGAUGUCAGCGCUUCAAGAUAGCCGUCGUGAACUCAUGGUGCAACUAGAGCAGCUCAUGUUACUGUUAAAGAACCAGGGCCCUGGCUACUCCCCUCGCUCCUCCCCCAGCCACACAGCCAACACGUCCAUCCAAUCAGCAUCUGGCAAUAGCACACCCAUCCCCAUGCCUGUCCAAUCAACAUCUGGCAAUACCACACCCAGUCAAACACCUCAGGACUCACUCAUGGGCCUGGGAGGAGAGGUGCAGCAGGCCUUCGCUCAGGGCUCCAGAAGAAACUUAAGAAAUGACCUCCUGGUAGCUGCAGACUCCAUCACCAACACAAUGUCAUCACUUGUGAAAGAACUUAACUCAGAGGUGGGAAGUGAAACUGACAGCAUCAGUGACCUGGCGUUCUCAACAACAGAUGUUCUCAACACACAAACGGGUUCCUCAAGAACAGGGUGACUUUACAAGAAUAGCUGCAUUUUCAUGAGCAAUGGUUGAGCGAACUACACUGAAGCACUGUGCAGUAACCAGACCUGAGCUGGAUUAUACAACAUUUCUGAAAAGCACCAAUUUAAACCAAUACUGUGGUACACAACCCAAUCUAUAAAUAUAGAAAUAUAUUUUUAGAAUCUACAAAAUGUUUUAAGAAAUGGACAUUACAAACAAUGGAACAACACCGCCAGUGCCAUAAAAUCCAUUUGAGAAUAUUAUUAUUUUUUUCAUUUAUUUGGUGUUAAUGUGAUGUUUUCAUGUGUAAAAGUACUGUAUUUGAAUAUCUGUCGGCAAAAUGGUUGUGGUCUUUAAUGAAGCUGCUAACUUUACAAAUGACAUCUGUUGUUACACUUUAAGAGCAGAAUCCCUGGAUCUUUUAAAAAAUAUAAAAUAUUAAGCAUAUGUUGUAGCUUUGAUUACUAAUUGACAGUUAAAUGAUUUGAGAUUUUAUCAUAGCCUUUGAUACAAAAAUGUAUACACUGCCUUAGCUUAUAAGACUGCAUUUGUUUUUAUUAGGCGGGUAGAUAUGUGGACUUGAUUGAAAUUUACUUAUUUCAAAGACAUGAAAAGUCCAGAAAUGGGCGAAUCACACAAAGAAAAAAAAGUUAGUCACAUUUCACCCCAAAAUCAAAAGAAAAAAUAAGAAAUUGUAUUUUGCAUCAAGCCUAUUUUUAGCACCGUUACAAUGUUUUGCAUUGCAACAUUAUUUACCUUGAAAAGUGCUCAUUACCGUAAUGCUUUAUAAUAUAAAAUCUGAAUUUUGUUAAAGCCUUUAUUUUUCAAUGGUGAUUCUUAUUACUGUAAUACAGCAUUUAUUUUUACUGUAUUGCAGCAAAAUACUGUAAUACAAUGAUUUUAAAGACAGUACAAUGUUUCUAUGAUGUUACGUAUUACAAUAAUGAUUUCUUUUUUUUUCUGUGCUGGAAAAUAUUCUUAAUUUUAAUAAAAAUAAUAUGAAGUUAUUUUAAAAUAUUUUAAAUAUACCUUUUUUUUCUUUUGAUUUUGGGGUGAAAUAUGACUAGGACAUGUUUUUAACAGGUUUCAUGUGACUCACCCCAAUAAAACUUUGCACCUCUGCAUUCAAUAAGUCAUCCUUUGAAUAUACUGAGCACACAGCUCAGUAUUGCCCAUGCUCUAUUAUUUAACAAAGUUUUAAAGUUUCAAGGCAAAAUUAUAUGUUAUGGAUAUUUUGAGGUUGACUUGAUAUGCACAUCAUAAAAUAUGUGAUGCUACUGAAACUAAAUAUGCUGUUAUGCUAUUCAAAAACUGUCAAGAUGCCUUUUCAAAAUGCAUUUUAAAUAAUAUUUUGGUGUAUGAAUGUUGAGCUGAAACAUAAUUAUCAUGUUUGGAUUGAAUUUGACAGCGAGUAUGAAUUGCUGAAACUGCAGCUGUCACAUUGUAAACUUUGGUUACUUGUGUUUUUUCAGACAGGCAGUUAUAAAUCAGUACAAAAACAAAAAGAGCACCCAUCCCCUUCUGCAAACAUUGCACUUUUCAGUGAUUUUGCAUGGUACUAAAUAUAUAUAUAUAUAUAUAUAUACACAGUAUAAGUAUAAUACAUUGUACAGGUGU